AUGCUAUUAAAGAGCGUGAUCAGCAGCAGCAGCAGCAACAGCAGCAGCAGCAGCAGCAGGAGCCGCGGCAGCAGCGGCAGCAGCAGGAGCCGCAGCAGCAACAGCAGCAGCAGCAGCAGCAGCAGAACCAUCCCUGUUCUUACCAUGUCUCUAGAUGGAGUGCCCCCUUCAGUUAAGCGCGACGUGCUGCAGCUGCCGCGCUGCAGCAGCGACUCAACAGCAGCAACAGCAGCAGCACCAGCACCAGCAGCAGCAGCAGCACCAGCAGCAGCAGCAGCACCAGCAGCAACUCCUUUGCCCAUUUACUUUGACUUAAGUCCCCCUUCACACGGGCUCUCGCGCUGGGCCCCCCGUGGCUUUGGGGCUUCUUCCCCUGCUGCUGCUGCUGCUGGUGCUGCAGCAGCAGCAGCAGCAGCAGAAGCCGCAACACCCUGGCCAGAUGCUUCCCCGAGCCCAGCAGCACUUGAGGCUCCCCCAUCACUGCAGCCUGCUGCAGCAGCAGCAGCAGCAGCAGCAGCAGAAAACCCCGCCGCUGCUGCUGUUGCUGCAGAGAAGGGGCUGCCACUGGAAGAUACGGCAGCAAAUAAACAUACAGCAGAAGCAGCAGCAGCAGCAGCAGAUCGGCCGCCUUUUGCUUCUGCUGCUGCAAACAUAGCAGCAGCAGUAGCAGCAGCAGAGGGCUCAGCAACAGGGAAGACUGAAGCAGCAGCAGCAGCGCCAGCAACAGCAGCAGACUCUGCUGCUGCUGCUGCUGAUAUGGAGGAUGGAAUAGCUGAGGGCUGGGGCACCGUGCAGCAGCAGCAGCAGCAGCAGCAGGAAGAGCAGCAGCAACUGUCGAUAAGUACUGCAGCAGAUGCAGCAAGAGAGGAAUCCUCAGCAGCACAACUUGCUGCUGCUGCGUCUCCUGCAGCAGCAAAGUCCGGAGUAGCAACAGACCCAGAAAAAGAUGCAGCAGAAUUAUCAGCAGCAGCAGGAGCCGAAGCAGCAGCAGAAGCAGCAGAAGCAGCAGCAGCAGCAGCAGAAGCAGCAGAGGCAGCAGAGGCAGCUUGGAAGAAGUCUCUGGCGCUUCCCGUUGCUGCACAAGCAGCAGCUCCUGCUGCUGGAGUUGCUGCUGCUGCUGCAGCAGCUGAGAAAGCUCUUGCUAAUCACACAGGAUAUGCAGCUGCCCACGCAGCCGAGCAGCCUGCUGCCGCUGCUGCUGCUGCUGUUGCUGCUGCUGCUGCUGCAGCCUACGCCCCAGAAAGCACUGCAGCAGCAGACAAAUUUGAUAAUGAAAUUGCAGCAAUUUUCUCCCACGGCCGCGGGACUCAGGCUCUGGCUGCGCAGCAGCAGCAGCAGCAGCGGGAGCGACAGCAGCAGCAGCAGCAGCAGCGGGAGCUCCAACAGCAGCAGCAGCAGCAACAGCAGCAGCUACUGCAGCGCGAAUAUGUGCAGGAAAAGGAGCGUGAGGUACAGCGGCUGCAGCGGAUGCUGGCUGUUACUCAGUCUCAGCUACAGUCUUUAAGGGAGCUCGCGCUGAGGAAAGAGGCUCAGGCUGCUGCAGCGCUUGACUCGCUCGCAGCAGCAGAAGCUCGCGCUUCUGCUGCUGCUGCUGCUGCAGCAGCAGCAGAAGCAGAAGCAGACAACCUAAAACGGGAGCACAGCCUGCUGCAGCAGGAGCUGCAGCACUCGAGCCAAGCAGCAGUGGCGUCUGCAUCUGAAGCAGCAAGAAUACAUGAUCUUCAGCUUCAGUUGAGGCAGCAAGACACACAGAUCAUGGGACUCCAGAGGGCACUGGCUGCGCGCGAGUUUGACGUGGAGCGGAAGCAGCAAAUUGUGAAAACUCUAAAAGAGGAAAUUGCAUUUAAAGAAGAAGCUCUUUAUAACAUUCGGGUCGAAUCUCUGCAGCAAGAGAUUCAGAGACUUAAAGAAAUGAGUGCUGAAGCAGCCGUCACUGCGCACGCGGAGGCUGUGCGGCGAGAAACAGCAAGACUGAAAUGCGAAGAGAAGCUGCAGCAGCAAAUUAAACAAGUGGAGGCGGAAGCAGAAAGGAGACAGGAAACAGUGCUGCAUCUGCAGCGGGCGCUGCAGACACGCGAGUUGGAAGCAGAUGAUUUGCGGCAGCAAAUUCUGCACUUGGAGUCCCGGUUGCAUGCAAACGACAAAACGGCUCAGGUGGACGUCCUGCGCCGCGGCUACGAAGAGCUGCUGCAGCAGCUGCAGCAGCAGACAGAGCGUGCUGAAGCGCUGCAGCAAGACUCUUUGCUGCUUGAAAAGGCGAGGGCGGAGGCUAUGGAUCUGCAAAUGCUGGUGCAGCAGCUGCAGCGCAUUGUGUGGCGGCAGCAGCAGCAAAUAGUUGUGCUGCAGUCUGCAGCAGAUCGCCAGCAGCAGCCGGCAUUGAAGCUGCCGCAGCAGCAGCAGCAGCUGCAGCUGCAGCUCCCCAACAGCAGCAGCAGCACCUCUAAAAUGCUGCUGCCGCCAAAUGAUUUGCAGGGUUUGCAGCAGCAAAGUAUUGAGAUAGAUAUUACGCUGCAGCAGCUAAUGCAGCAGAGCAAUCAUCAUCAUCAGCAGCAGCAGCUGCUGUUGUCGCCGCCGCAGCAGCAGCUCCUGAAGCCACCGCAGCACCACUCACAGCAGCAGCAGCAGCAGCGGCUCCGGCUGCGAGAAGACGCCAGUCAUUCUCCUCUUUACAGCAGCAGCAGCAGCAGCGCGGAAGCUGCAGCAGCAUUUCUGGGCGGCCAGAGGCAGCAAACGCAAACGCGGGAGCAGCAGCAGCAGCAGCAGCAGCAACAGCAACAGCGGCACGAAGUGCUUUCCUCGGACGUCGCUACACUAGACGACGAAGAGGAGCUUGAGGAAGAAGUGCAGCGCUAUAACAGCCGCCUUGGGGGCCCUUUGCUGCGUCGAGUUAGAGGAAAUGUUUAUUUAUAUGGCAUUAAAAGAGUGGAGCUGCGGCUCCUCAACUCCAAACUCAUGAGGAAGACGGAGGGAGGUUGGGACUCGUUAGAAGACAUAUCUGCUGCUGAGGAAAUAGAAGCAAUUGACUCUUUAUCCCUGCAAGGAUGA